AUGCCACAAGAUGCGAGUGUUGAGUUCCAGGGAUCUCGAAACGGCCAGGUUUGGGUUUAUGACGGAUGCGUUGUGGAGUGGAAAUGGGGUUCGAAAACACUACGAAGAUUCGAGUUUCGAGGCGAAACCGUACUCGAGGCUGGGUUCGUCGAUUUCGAAUCCGUAAAGGAUUGCCUUGUGAUAGUACUGGAAGAUCGAGCUCAGGUAUAUUAUGUUUCGAAGGGCGACUCGACUACUGUUAGCUUCCCAUUCUCCGUUUCCAAAGCAUUUUUCCAUGCGAAUGGUGUAGUGUUGGAGCGCAAGAUCGUAGACUAUCAAUUGAUCAGUCAGUCAAGACCUACUUCCUCUGGUAUCAAGCAUCGCUUUAUAACGCUUUCCGAUCCAUUGAACCUAUUUGGAUCGUUAGUCAUAUCAUCUAACUUACAAGAACUAGAGUCCAGACUCACGAUUUUGCACUUUCCGCCUACUUGGGAUCAACAUAUCGGUGUGUUAUACGACAGCAGUACCCGGGGGCUCUCUUUUUACAAUUCCAAGAUCUUAACAGCCCUCAAAAACUCUUCGGCGUCAAGCUCCCACAAAGAUCCAGCUUUUAAGAAUAAAGAGUCUCAAAGCAAAGCCUACGGCGCACUUGCUAGCGAAUUAGGUGGAUCCUAUGGCGCCAAUGAAAAGAACGCAAACGGUACUGCCAAGAGAACCUCAUCUGUCGGACAUGGUUCUUUAGCGUCAUCAUCAUCUUCUGCUCCUUUCAACAACGCUGUCAAUACUGCAAACUCUCUUUCAACAGAACUUACUAAUAACCUCCGUAAGAUAUCCAUCAUGAAUCGAAGAUCAGUAUCGGCAACAGUCGGACCUGAUCCUGAUCAACCUCAACAGCAACAGCAACAACCGAACAGUAAUUCGGGCCACACAGGAGUGGAUUCUAUAAAGAGAAGUGCUUCUGCUACGUUGGACAGAAUGGUUUCUGGUAGUGGCCUUGAUAUUGCACCAUCUCAUGCUUCUCACAUAUCUCAAGAACUGUUUGAUCAUGCCGUUCUCACCAAAGAUGUAAUUUUGACCAAAAUAUCUCAAACAACUUUACCCAUACAGUUAACUUCGAAAACGCGAAUAUCGAGUUGCAAAUUUGAGGAUAAGGAAGCGAUAACAUUACAUGAUCCUGGCUCACAAUGGGGGAAAAUCUGGAUAUUUGAUCUAAAUUCAUCUUUAACAGAAAACAUGAGGUUCAAAGCGUUGAAUAGUAGUCCAAUUUCACUCACAAAAAUAAUUGACAUCAAAUGGUCAUUGGUCAGUUGCUUCAGUGUUUAUGAAAGCGAGCUACUUAGCGGAUUUUUGAUGCUUCUGGGUAGUGCUAGAAAUGAGGUCACCUUGUAUAACCCGUUCCUAAACCUGACUUCAAGCUCCUUUCACUUGCCCUCGAACGAAAACCACACUUCACUCUACCACUCAAAAGACAACGCGGUCCUGACUAAUAUUGAUUCAGUGCCGGUGCAACUCCUCAUUGUUCCAGAGGUUACCAGCGUUAAACAUUACUUGCGAGCACUAAGCUAUCUUUGUGACCAGUUCACUUAUACCUAUGUGCUGCUUCUUUGGCAGGUAGCUCGUAAGAGCCUUUCCGAUGCACAGGAAGAAAACGCCGAUUUCGACGCUCUAAAGUACACACUACUGAGCUUUCUCCAUUUUGAAGACUGUCCUGAACAUGCAAAGAAGCAUUUGUCUGCCAUAAAGCAAUGUCCGAUUUAUAGCUCCUCAUUUGAUGGAGCUAGGUAUUUGCCCAAAAUUGUAAUGGGAAUGCACUUAAUCAGAGAGGAGUAUAAACUCAACCUUUUACAGAGAGACAAUGUACAGCAAACUGGGCGUCUUUUGUGCUUACUUACGCGCCUGAUGAACUGGCCCAGUUUUUGGCAAGAGUUUUACGGCGCUGAGGAAUCCAUAGAUGACAACUUUGUGCUGUCAAAUAAAAGAUUUGCGCACCCGCUGGACGAGCCUCCAUCAAUACUGAAAUCUCUUUACAGUGCGACGGAUGGAAGUUCCUUACCUGUGACACCAUUCAUAACAUUCUCUAGGUUACUAGAAGAAGGGUAUUUCGUUGACAACAUAGUUACGCCUCGUACUCACAAAAUGCUGCAACUAUUUGAGAGCUUUGAGACGAUGGACUAUUCCGAAACUAGUUUGCUGAACGUAAUGAACUCCUUGAAUAUCGAUCAAAAUGAGUUUGAGACCUAUCCAUUGGGAGUAUUCGCCCCUUUAAGGAGAGUUUUGAAGUCAAUUGAAAAACAAAUGAGCGACUCCGAUGCUGCUUUCGAUUUUACUCUAGUCGACCGCCUGGAUCUACAAAAAAACGGAAGGAUUCUCCUGUUUUUGGAAACCAAGAGCAAUCAAAACGCAAGGUGUUUUGCUCCCUUCCCGGAAGAAAAGCACAACACAAACUUAAAUUGGAAUUUUGGCGACUUGCGAGCCAUUAAGCCUAUCAAAGCAAUGGUCAAAGAAAUAAUAGAUUUGACGACAGACCAUUCUGAUGAUAAAGUUUCAAUUACAAAAAGUGGUGAGGAAGUCGGAGACGGGCAGACUUUGAAACGAAAUGCAUCUUUGAUAUUCUCUGAAGAUAGAAGAUUUUAUGAUGUCGUCGAACUUUUGGUAUACAAUAUUCCCCACAAGGUAAUGAUGCAUGUUGUGGAGAAAAGCUACACCAAAACUUUGAAGAAAAAGAGAAUUUAUUCGCAAAUAGUGGCGCUGCGAACUUUUGUCUCAGCUAUUGGUUGGGGUGCUGUAGCUUUCUCUACUGAAAGGCCUUUAGCUACUCAAAAAUGGCCUCGCAAUAAACUGAAUCUCCAUUGCACAUUUCCAGACAAGACGACAGUGACCGUGGAUCCUAAAACCUGCGACCCCAACUUGAUUUCCUGGGGUCAAUUCCAUGGAGGAGUAAGUUCAGGCCUCAAGAUUUCUCCAAAAUCAACAGGUAUUACUGGUAGCUGGAUAACUUUCACAAAACCUCCGGAACUUGAUGCACAACAUGGUGGGUUUCUUCUUGGCCUCGGCUUGAAUGGGCACUUGAAAAAUCUCGAAGAAUGGCAUGUUUACAACUAUCUUAGCCCCAAACAAACACAUACAAGUAUUGGUCUCAUGCUAGGUAUGAGUGCAAGUUUGAAGGGAACCAUGGAUCUCAAGUUAACUAAAGUUCUAAGUGUUCACAUUGUCGCGCUUCUGCCACAAGGUUCAAGUGAUCUCAAUGUUAAUUUCAGGGUACAAACAGCGGGUCUAAUAGGUGUUGGUCUUCUUUACCUAAGCUCUCAACACAGAAGAAUGACUGACAUGCUAUUCUCACAAGUUACUUCAUAUGUGAACAUUAAUGAGGAAGCCGUUCCAGACGAAGGUUACAGGCUUGCAGCAGGAAUAGCUCUAGGCCUGAUCAAUCUUGGCGCUGGCGCUAAGAUAUCGCAGUUUAGAAGAGAUGAUCCGAUGAGUGAUUUCGAUGGUAAGGGGAGCGAAGAAGAUGAAGUAAUAAACGAUUACACUGAGUUCAAGGCAAACGAUGGUAUGUUAGAUCCCAAAAUAACCGCUGGCCUGCUAAGUAUUAUAAGUGGUUCUCAUGAUACAGAAGAGAAUUGGAUGCCUGCAAACUCUCAAAUUGGGACAGUGGUUGCACUAAUGUUAAUCUACUUGAAAACAAACAAUCACACUGUUGCUGGAAGGCUGGCGCCCAGUUUCGAAGAAAUAAACGUGAAAUCGAGGCUCUAUAUGAGGCCAGAAUUAUUUAUGUACCGGGAAUGGGCAUGUCAUAUGAUCUUAUGGGAUCAUAUUGGUUACAGUUCCCAAUGGCUUUUCGAGGAACUGGAUCUCAGCACGCCUUUAACGCUCAACACGGAUUCCUUACCUCAAUUUUAUUGCAUAGCCGGCCGGGCAUUGGCCGUGGGGUUAAAAUUUGCAUCCACAGGUAACUUGACAGUCCGUGAUAAUCUCAUCUCCGUGAUCGACAAAAUGCUGCCACUAUAUCAGUGCUCCGUAGACAUGAGGUUAGACUUUCAACUGAGUAUAAAAGCUAUUGAUAUCUUAAUCAAUGUGCUAUUAGUUGCGUCGAGCAUGGUAAUGAGCGGUACUGGAGAUCUUUCCGUGCUUAGAAGGGUCAAAUACUUACAUGAAAACAUUACUGGCAAAUACUCAGACCUCUUUCGCACGACAACUGGGAAGCCAAAACCGAAGAACUCCAGGGCCAAUGAUGCGAUGUCUGUCGAUUCUUCUGAGGAUAUAGGCACAAAUGAAUAUACAAACCGUGGAGAAUUAGUUGAUGCCGAUGAUUCAGACAUUGAAGAUGAUUUGGAUAUCGGAGAUGAUCGAGUUGAGGAGGACGAAGAACAAGGUAACUUCACCGCAUCCGAUAACAUGAACGCAGGAGAUGCAGGAGAUGAUACACAUCACUGGAACGAUGAUGAAAAUCACUUUGGCAAAUAUAUGGCGACAAGCUUAUGCCUUGGGUUUUUGUUUCUUGGAUCUGGACAGUACGCUUUCAAGACUUCGAGCUUAGAGUCUCUAGCUUACCUCGCAAUAUCUGUGCUCCCUACUUACAUGAAGCCCUACUAUCUACAGGAAACUAAACAUUUUUGGAGUAUGGCUGUUGAGUAUAGAAGCUUGCUGAUUCGUAAUUCCAAGACAGGUGCAAGCUUGAACAAAGUGCCAGUGGAAGUGGUGCUGAAGCGAUCAAAAGGCGAAUCUAGCUCUACAGUGAUGAAACUGGACACACCCUGUUUGUUGCCAGAUGUAAGGAAGAUCAGGUCGAUAAAGGUGUCCUCACCCGACUACUACCCGGUUUCUCUCAACUUAAGCGGCGAACAGGAUUGCAGUAACUUUUUUAAUAAUGGUUGCGUUCUCUUUGUACCUCCGAAAGACGAGAGCGACGAGAACUGGGAGCAUGCUGAUGACAACGCUGAUAGAUGUCUGGAAGUGAAACACAUCAUUAAGAAAAAAGCUUUAACGCCAUCAUCCAAACAUUCGUCGAAUUCGCCACACCAAAGCGUAGUUCAACUAUUCAAACGCUUAGGAAUUACAAAUCAAGAGGCCUUAGAAUUUGGCAGUGAGGUUCGCAAGAGUGGAAAGAUACGAGAUCCGUCAGUAGACGAAAAUUUGUUAAUGUCAUGUCAGAACAGAGGCAAAAAUUAUCACCUUGAGCUUUGGAGACGACGUCACGGCUUCUAG